AUGGAGAGUGAAGCUGAGAUGGUGGACGGCUUUGUUGUGGUCGGCAACGCCAAGAUGGUCGUCGAUACUAACGCCGUUGCCAACUUCAUGGCCAACGAUCAUGAGAGUGCUACCAGCGGGAUUCGCAAAAUCAUUUUUCAGAAACUUGGCAGUAUGAGGUUCCUGAAUGAGAAAGUCGCCAAGCAGAACGCCACCAUGAUCAAGCACAAUGAAAAGCUGCUUAAAAAGAACGACAAGGUCAUUCAUGCUAUUGAGCGCCUUCUAAUCUUGGAUGCCGAUGAUCUGGGCCCCGAGAUUGACCAAGUCAAGGGUGACAUGGAAGAUACUGCUCUCUCUUGCGCCGCUCUUAAUGUCGUCAUGGAGCACCUGAAAUGGGACUCUGAUGUCUUCCAGGAUUUCUUCAUGGACUACAUCAUUGAGAAGGGCACAGAGCUGAACGCCAUCGUCCCAUAUACGUACGACUGUGAGGAGGGUGCCCUCCAUUUCCGCGAGUAUGUGCUUUCUAAGGGCUUUGAGCCUGAGCAGACUGUGACGGAGUGGGAGGCUUCUUCCCUCUACAGAGCCUUCACUCAGCUAAACACACGUCACUGUGCGCGACUGUACAUGAGCUUCGUCUUCCAAGCCCUUGACGACUACGUCUGGUCCAACGACAAUUACCAGAACAACGGCUUGGACAAUUGCCAGGGAAAUGAUCAGGACGGCACCCAGGGCUAUGAUGAUCAGGGCAAUGGCUUGGGUGACGUCUCCCAGGCUGACUGCGUUUGCAAACACUCAAAGGCUUGGUAA